CGCUGCCUGUUUUUGGAUUAUAUGUCUGUUGUAUAUUUAUAUGAAGUGAGCUCUUCAGAUUUGAAUUGUUUACUGCUUAAAGAGUGCGGAUUCUGUUAGAUAAAUAGUGCUGUAGUGUAACAGCGUAGCAAGGGUGGUACAAGGAAAUAUGUAACCGCUGCAGUUUAAAAACUGACAGUUUCAGAUCGAGAGUAGAAAAGCACAGUUCCAGCUGGGGAACCUGCGGAGUCAGUUUCAGCAGGAGGGUGGGGGAGGUGAAGAGAUGGAUCUGGUGACUGGGGAGGGCCAAGAUGCCCUCCCAGUCUUGGAGGGGGAGGUCUCGUCCUCGACGAGCGACGAGAGGGGGGCGGCGGGACCCGACCCCCUGGUGCCACCUCCGGAGGCCGGCGAACAGAUGGUGGUGUCCGAAGCCGGAGUGUUUCCCCAGCAGGGCUUGGAGGAGCAGGAGGUGGAAGAGGAAGUGCUGGAUGGCUCAGUGAUGGGUGACGUCGUAAGCGGGGUGCCGUCGCUGUCGCCGGACACAUCCGAAUCUGCUCUCGAGUUGUUGUGCCAGCCAUUUGAGCCCGGCCAGAGUGGUUUAGGUGAUCUUACGGUGGAGGGCCCUUCAGUGGAAGUAGCGACCGUGGAGGAGCUACUGUCGGAGGACGGCUGCAACAUUGACCCAGUGCUGGUGGGUGAUGGCGCUCUGGAUGAUGAGAGUGUCCUCAUCAGCACCACUGUGGGGGAGGCAGAGCUGGCAAUACUGCAAUGGGGCGAGGGCGACGACCAGGCCUGCGAGGAGGUGGUGGCUACAGCCGGUGCCAUUCCUACCAUUGGCUCAGAUGCACUCCUCUCCGACGACUCGCAGCAGUCACUAUCGAGCCAGCUGCUCGGGCGGGGAGACGAGGAUGGUGAUCCGGCGGUAGUUGCUGCCGGUAUCCGGCAUAUGUCCGGACUUCCACCAGACAGCACUACUGCCCCAGAAGCCAACAACAACACGAUCGAACGUUCACUGUUGGAGAUAUUUGCUACCGAAGAAGUGGUCUCGACAACUGGCAAUGGGAGUGACGAAGGCUCUGCAUCUGGCUCUGUGUCCCCUCUGGUGUCGACGAGCCACCAGCUACCAAUUUCAGGAGGAGUUUCCACCACCACCUUGCGUCCUUCAGCAGCUGCAUCAUCACGGGUUUCAGCAUUGUUGUGUGACCAAUCUGCAAACUCGGGAAUUGUCCAGCGACCACUUAGACAGAGCCAAGAAGUGUACAUAUCAGUUUUGCCAGGACAGUCUGAUAACUCUGUCUCAGGUACGAGAGAUGAGAAUGUUGUGCAGCAAUUGCCAACGUCUGAGACUCGAGAUGGUCAGUGCACCCAGUCAGGGACACGAGACAACGAACUCGGUGCACAGCAGAUUGAAACUGGUGAAUGCAGCCAGUCCGGUAUUGCACAGGGUGCGCCAGGAAGCAGUUCUGCUGAUAGCCUGAAUGCUGUUAGCACACCUUCUGUGAGAAUCUCUGAAUCGGCCCAGGCGGACGAGUGUACGCAGUCGAGAGCGAUGGACGUAGAUGCGGCAGUAAACACGAAUGCCGAAGUUCCGCAGGCAGAAGAAUGUACGCAGUCUGGAAUACCGAGAGGAAUGAUGAGGGUCCCCGAAUUGGUUCGAGAAGAGAGUAGUGACACCGGCAGAGCUGGAGACACUCAGGGAGACGAAUGCACUCAGUCUGAGGUGUCCGCCACAGAAUCGAGGAGCAGACACGAUUCCGACGGCUCAUUGGAGCACUAUGGUGGAAGAGAAUCCCACGAAGCGGUCACAGAGAGCAGCGAACACGUAGUACGGAUUGCCGCUGAGCCGAGCGAGCCUUCUGUAAGCAGUGUCAGGAUGCCAGAGGUGCCAGAUGUAUCGAAUACUGUAGCAGAACCCAGUGGAGUCGGCCGGGAUGAGGUGGUGCAGAGUGCGGCGGCAGAAUCGAGCGAAGGAGGAGAGAUCGUGCGGAGGAUGGCCGAACCAAGCAGUGAGACUGAAUUGUUAAGAACAAGGCCCAGUAACCGGCAAGAUAGUGCGAUCUGCAGUGCACUUCAGGAGCAGCCCAGCAGUUCGGGUCGGAGGAGAGAUUUUGUAGAAUCAGUUCAAGAUUACAGCCAAGUCGAGUGCUCUACAGGAAAGAGGCCACGUACUGGAGAAUCGAGCCCAGAUAGUCGUAUUUCACAGAGCUCGUCAUCAGUGGUUAAGAGAGACAAUGUGUCUUCGAGUGGCAACAGACAGUUUACAGGAAGUAAAGGCAGAAGUGGAGAUGUACCGUCUACACCGAGGUCUGGGGUCUCUAGUACGUCUACUACAUCAUCUGGAAGAGGUCAGGGUGGGGCCGGGAUAUCUAGCAGCUCUUCGGCACACAAACUUCCGUCUGGUACCAGAGCUGGCCCUUCGUCUACAGAGGCCAGCACGAGGCACCAUGGUGCUGGGCCUUCUGGCGUACGAGAAACUUCGGAAGCUUAUGCAAAGUUGUCUUCACCUGUUGGAAGUUCAAGAAGCGACAUCAAAGUUCCUGGAGUUUCAGGUAACGUGAGGCACAAAGGGAGUGGCGGAAUAGAUGGAGAGAAUCGAGGAAAUGCUGCAGGGAAGCCACAGGUGGCACAGGGAGCUUCCCAGAGCAGUAGCUCACUUGCUAGGUCACAACCUCAUGUUCAGAGGACAGAAUCUCCUUCAGAACGAGCCACAUUAAAUCCGCAAGCUACAGGCGUACUAAAGCUGCCUUCUAAGAGGCCUCUGACUGUGGAAGAUUCUAGUGGACCAUCAGAAGUGAAGCGGCGCCUGUCCAGUGAAACUGCUGCCGGGCCUACAGUGCCCUUGCUGUCGAUACCGCUGCCUCCUGAGCAGGGAACUUUAUCGAAUACUUCACAAAAUGUGCAGUUGGCAGCAAAAGUGGCGGUUGUACCUACAGAUAGAGCUAGGCCUCCAGUGCCCUCACCACGACCUCAGAUUUCAACCAUUCAGCCACCAGUGUCUGCACACAGUAGUACAAUGCCUUCACCGGCACCGAGAUUUUCUAUGAAGGGGCCAGAACUACCCGCUUCGCAUAAACCGAUUUCGUUCACCUUGUCAAAAACUGGUCUGAAGAAAACAGUGGAACACCCGACAGGUGAAAGUGGCAGCUCUGCACAAUCUGCAGCAAGAUUACCUGAGAGAGCAUCCACUUUCCAGAAGAAAAAGGCUGCAGAUCAACCAGAAGAGCCUGAGGCAUUGAAGCCCGGAGCUUCUGACAGAGAUCCCUCAGAACAGAAUAAAAGGGAAAUAGAACAGACUGAUGAGAAUGAGACCCAUAGGACUGGAGUUCCUGGAAGUAGUGAGCAAACCGCAGAGAAAAAAUUGGAAAAUGUUGUGGAAACAAUUGAAGUAUCUGAAAUUCCUUUGCCUGCUGGCAUUCCAGCACCUCGUGAACUUAAGGUACAAGCUGCUCCACCACCUGCUUCAGAAUCUACUUUUCCUAAUGUCACUGAUGUUGCAAGCGUUCCUCUUCCACCAGAAAAGCCGGUUUCUGGAAAGAAAGAUGUUUCACUGUCACUGGAUCUUGUCCCGUCGCUCGACGUGUCUGUAGAAGAGAUUCCCAUACCAGGAGAAACUGGAGAGGGUACAGAGCCAAGUUCAGCAACUGUAAAACAGGGAGAGAGAUCGCCAACAGGUAGAACCUCACAGGCAGAAAACUCAUCUUCUCAAACAGAAGGGAAGGUACUAUCUCGGCUAUCUAGUCCCUUUGACUUGGCUCCAUAUGACAUUCCGUUGCCACCAGUAGAAAACCACACUUCUCUUUCCUCCUCUCUGGCUAAGCCACAGUUGGGGGAAGCUGGAGCUGAACUCCAGAGUCCAGCAAAACCGUCUACAACACCAGAAUAUAAACAGUCAUCAGAUGAAAAAUUGGAAAGUAUUGCAGAAUCAGAUGAGCCCGGUCCUUCAUCGAACCAGGUAAAAAUGAGCAUUUUGCAGUCUGCAGAAACUGAGGUGAAAUCACCAAGUGCAACUAACUUGCAAACUGUAGAUAAAUCUUCAGCUGCAGUUCCAAAAACUAAGGUGGAUAGUAGACACACACCUAGUGAUACAAGCAGCGCAGCUUCAAAAUCGGAUACAACUGCCAGUGUAAUUGAUGGAGAUGGCAAACAGAAUCCAAAUCUCAGCACCGAGGUCUCGCAGCCCUCUGCUCCAUUGACAGAAACUGUUCCUAGUGUUGAGCCCUCACAAGAUGACUUGCAAAAAACCUCUUCGGAACUGCAAUCAUUAAAAUCUGUUUUACCAGAAGCGAAGCCAGUUGCUAAGCUGAGGCCUGUUUCAUCCAACGCUCCAGCAGUCGAAGAACCGGGCAUCGGAAUUGACAGUGACAGCAGAGACUCUCCACAAAUAGCAACUCGUGAAACUGCCUCACCACCACCUGCAGCUGACGAGUAUGUCAGUUUAUGUCAAACAGAAAACACUAGCUCUCCCAUAGAGGAAAAGAAGAACAAUAUCCCUUCUGAGGGAGAGAAAUCGGUGGAGGAUAGUGCCGGGGUCCAAAUUGAUACUGAGGCUAAAGAAGUAACUCUCCUUCAAAGCACCACCAAAGCGAGUACUUCUGUCUGUUCCACACAACGGUUAGAAAAUUCAUCUGUUGGUGAACGCCUCCCUGCAGAUCAGAACCUUGCCGUGGACUCCGAGAAGAGAAAGGUGCCAUUUGUAAAGGCCGAUGUCAAUUUAGAGCAGCCCAUUUCAGAUCCUACGCCUAGAGUACUCAAGACUAGGAAAGAUGACUGCCAGACUUCCCCAUUGGCACCUGCCGAUGCCAGUAGUGUGCCAAAAUCAGCUGUUUCCUCAGAAUCAAAAUUAGCCAAUUCAGGUGACAUACCAGUCAAGUUGUAUCUCAUCCUCCUUUAG